AUGCUGGACAUGAAAGAAGAACCGAAACGUCGAGGCAAGUACGGCCGGCCCUGUGACCGCUGUGCGUCCCGCCGUGUGCGCUGUAUGCCGCUGCCAAACAGCAAAAGAUGCGUUGGGUGUACCAACAUGAACAUCGAAUGUACCCAUAAUCGCGUGAGACACAAGUCGGGCCCCAAGCUUAGGAAACGCGAGCCCGAGAUCAAGCGCGAGUCGCCCCAAAACAUGGUGCUGCCGCUGCUGCAGCCCAUGGCUCCGGUGGUGGACGGGUAUUCUGCCACAAUGGAUAGUGGUGCCAUGAAAAUUCUGGCCGACCUUGACCUUGGACAGGCCGAGAUUGACGAUACGGUGGUCGCGGCUGCUGCCGCAGAAGCUGCGCUUUCUUUUUCGGUGCCGCUGGUUCCCUUGGCGGCCUCUGUUGUAGGAGACGGCGUGCCCAACGUCCUGGCUAUUCCCACCGUGCCCAAUGGUGGGAUCCCUAACCUCCGAGGUGUUCCAACAGCAACGGCGAACACCGGCCCUGUAGCGCCCGAGACGGGCGAUAUAUUCGAAGCGUUCCUGACCGCUCCAGUCCACCUCUCUAAGUUCUCAGUAGACCAUCUUCUUCCUCGGCUCCAGGUGUACCAAACGUGGUUCUAUGGCUCGUGGCCUGUUCUAUCUGUCGCCGAGUUGAUCCUGACGAUACUGGACGGCGCCCAGAUGCGCUAUGAGAAGAACACCAUCCGCUUGACGGAACAGAACGCCAUGCUGUAUGCCCUCUGUUGCUCGGUGUGCGCCGCCAUCACCACCCAGAUCUCUUUCGUUUCCGAUAAAGACACCGUUCUCGAUUACAACACGUUCUCCGCGUCCGAAUACGCAGACGAGGCACGGCGCGUGCGGAACCUCUUUGACUUUAGUGCUGCUCCCAACGUCCAGACCCUCUUGUCGUCGUUCUUCCUAUACGCACACUACGUGAACAAUAAAGGUAGAACAUUGCAGGCGAUCAUCUACUUGCGUGAAGCGAUCACUAUCGCGCAACUUCUAGGGUUUCAUGAAGAGAUUUCUUACGAGGGGAAAACGAGAGCGGAGAUCCACAGGUGGAGAAAAAUAUACUACACUUUAUUGAUAACUGAACGAUUUAUGUGCUUCGAGGACGGCAUGCCUGUCGUUCUUGAACCGUGCAUUGCAUUCCCCAACCUCGACGACGAAGAGUAUCCAAGCUUGUUGGUUGGUUUCACAGAAUUGAUCCGGGUGUUCUCUGUGCCAACGAAGGAGUUCUUUGCUGAAAUUGGCCUCAAGAGCAACAAACAAGCUCACGGAGAAGCUCCAACCACUGAAAAGAAGGAGCGUAUCCUACUGGUUCAGCAGAAACUCUGGAACAUAACCCUCGGAAUUAAGAAGAUUGCAAACUCCCAAAAGCUUGAUGUUCUCCUUUCAAGAUCAUGGCUUCGUGCGUUGGCAUGGCAUCUCACAAGUGAAAAUGGACUUGUGAUGGCGACGGGUAACGCCGACAACUGUUUCGACCUCGAGUUCCCCGUGACUAUAGCCAAAGACUUUUUGGCACAAACAAAAGAUCUACCGAUGUUUGCAUUCGAGGCCAACGGCCCCGGUGUAUGCCUCAAAUUGUUGGAGAUUGCUACAUCGGUUACACAGACGAUUCAGAAGGAGAACCCAUCGACAUUCUCAUUAAGUGUGUUGGAAAGCCUUUUCCAAAUCAUCACCAAAUGCGAAAACGAUGUGACUCUCCCACUAGACACGUAUCAGAAGAUCGGAAACGUGAUCUCAUAUUUCAAAACAAAGACGAUCCCCCGACUCAUGCAUCCUACGGAACAGUACCGCGGCCCAUACAUUGAAGAACUUAUUGACGACGUAGAUGUUGACGGCGAAGAGGCGAAAGGAGACGACAACGAUUGCGUUAGAUUCACCCCACAGACAGUUGUUGGAACGGAGACACCAAUGUAUAAAAGCUUCCAUCUCAAUGCCGGGUACGAUGGGAUCGGGGGAGUUUCUCUCGGGGCCACGCCCAGCAUGGAUUUCCGAGAAAACCUCGACCAAUACAAUCAGGCCAUGGCCGAAAUGAGACGGUCCGGCAAGAUCUCGACAGCAAGCAGCAGCGUCUCGCUCAACAACAUGAUGAACAUGAUCAUGACGCAAACGCCGCAGGGCCAGGACAAGUGUGGAGGGGCAUUGGAAGAAUUUUUGGCAGGGUUCACAGGCAAGUCUGGCAAUUGCAUGACAUCGGAAACAUAA